AUGGAGCGGGGAGGGUCGGAGAACGCGGCUGCGCUCUGGAUCUCCGAAGAGGGGCGGGGGCCUGGAAGAGGUCGGGGCCCAGAAUGGACUGCCGGGUCCCUGCUGCCGCAAUCUGGCCCUGACCUCCAGCCUACCCCUUACUUCCAGAUUAAGGGACCCAAGGAGACCCACCCAGAUGCCCUGAAAGGAGGCAGGGGAUGGGGGUGGGGCAAUACGCAGAGUUUGCCUGGUAAAUGCAGAAAAGGGGUGACGGCUGGAGGAGAAAAGGAUGGAGCAGCCGUCAGCUUCUCAACUCCGCAUCCGCCGGCUGCCUCGGCUGGGCUCCAGCCUGCGCCCUCGCCCCUUGGAACAGCGGUGUGUCCAUUCUCUCCGCAUUCGUCUCCAUCAUUCAGCCACCACCGCACCCUUUCUCUAUUCAUUUGUCGCCCCGCCCCGCGUGCCCUGGUCUAUCGGUCUACACCCAUGGGCCGAGCCCUCCUCACCAGGGUCCUCCUGGAACCGCUCCGGCCUUGGGCUUGUCCGCGGCUCCCACGGUCCCCGCCCGGCGGGGCACAGAGCAGGCGGGGAGGGGCACUAGGACAACCCACUCUUCGCCGCGCAGCUGCACCCCUUCGCGCAUGGGCGUGGCGUAGCUCAGCCCCGCCCCUAGCGCUUAGCGUCUAGUGUCACCCGCCCAGCGGGUUGGAUAUAUCCUAAGCUUUUGGCCCCAAGGGGCCGGGGUGCCAAGGCCCCUGGGUUUU